AACCACAAACCGAAUAAAUGAAAUAGUAGACAAAAUUCACCAAGAUGAAAGGGCAGAAGGAAUAACCAAGAGUGAUAUUAAAAAGGUAAUCAACGUCUUAUUAGAAGUCAUUGAUGAAACUUUAAUAGGAGGCGAAGAAAUUGAUUUUACUGGACAUUUUCGCCUAUACGCAACCAAAACGGAAGCCAAAGAAAAGAUAAUGGGAUUUGGAGCCAAAAAAGGCAAGAAUAUUACAAUUCCCGCUCGCCUAGUUCCCCGUGCCAAAUUUAGUUCCGUUCUUAAAAAAAGAAUGGGAUUAACCAGAAGUGGGGAAAACAAAUAUCAAAAAUAUUUUUACUUCAAUGAAUUGCAAGUGAUGAAUUCCUUGAAACCUUUGCUUAACGAACAUAAAUUAGUUCUUCUGCUUAGUGAUGAUGAAAGUGUUGGUCUUGAAUUACAAAAGGAUGGUACAAUUGGCCAAAAUGCCGACCCUGCCAAAGCUAAAGGAGCCGCUGAAACUUAUGCGGUUAAAUAUAUUCUAUCCAAAUUAUUCUUAAUUCCAGUCAAAGAUGAAACUGAUCCCGAUACUGAUAAUUCUAAACAAGUAAUCAGUCACGAGCAGCAGCAAACACUUUAUGAUUUAUUUGUUAAAGUUAGAGGAGAAAGUUUAGACACUCAAAAAAUCUUACUGACCGAGUUCGACAAAAUAAUAACCAAAAAUGGUAAAGUUGGCGGGACAGCUCCUGAAGAAAUAGAAGCAGAAUUAGAAAGUCCAGAGUUAAUAAAAAAAAGAAAAGAAACCAAAGAGAAAAUAAAAGAUAAUGAAAUAGAGUAUUGGAAUAACAAAGUUACAAUUAAAUACAACGGCAAAGAUUAUGAAAUAGAAAAGAAAACUGAUGAACAAAAAGCCAAACCUAAAGGUGAUGACAAUGGAACUGAAAUAACAAUCAAAAAUUAUAAAGAAAGUUCCUGA